ACCCCAAUAAGUAUAAAAUUAUUUUCUCAUUUCACCGGACCUCAGUUGAGUGGCGGGAAAGUAAGAACCAUGUCUGCAACCAGAACUCAAGUUGCCGAUUCAUCUACAUCUCCGCCGCUAAGCGAAAGCCGUCGGUUGGAGUACGCGGGCUUGAAGUUCACAUAUGCCGAUGGCUCCGACGACGAGGGUCCACCGUUGGCUGCUGAGCUACCGUCUUGCGUCUACGCGGCGGCACGGGGCCGCCUGCAGCUGCCACUGGCCGCCUACGUUCAUCAGCACACCCGCCAAAUGCACACAGAAGCCCUACUGGAGGCGUCUUCGGAGCCGGAGUUCCAAUGCGGGGGUUCGCCGUACCGCGUGCAGCGCGCUGCUGCCAACGUACGCGAGCGCCGCCGCAUGCUGAGGUCCGGCCCCAAUGGCAGUAUAAACUCGGCGUUCGACGAGCUGCGAGUCCACGUGCCGACAUUUCCGUACGAGAAAAGGCUCAGCAAGAUCGACACAUUGCGUUUAGCCAUCGCGUACAUCGCUCUACUCAGAGAAGUUUUGGACGCCGAUUACGACCCGCUAACUUACGUGGAGAAAUGUCUUCGAGGCGAAAUAAAAGCGGAUCGAGCUCAUUGGAAUACAAGUGAUUUGACUGCGCGUCUAUCUUGGAUCAACUGGGAGAACCUGGGCGUGAAUCCCCAAAGACGUAGCGUCCUCAACUCGCUUGCCCUCAGUUCCGACAAUCUUCACUACAUGCACAAUUGAAUCCCCCAAUUGGGCUUACCCCAAGUACCUACAAGUAAACUACUUCGUAAACUUUUAGUAACUAUGUGUUUAAAGUUUACGAAGAUUACUAAGAUCACAGUCCCCUAUCGUGGUCUAAUAUAAAAUGCGAAUAUCACUUGGAUGAGUUAUGUAAUCGUUCUCCGACGACGACUAGGUGUCAUCGACAUCAAGAUAUUUCCUUCAAAACUAAGAACCAGUUGUUUACCUAAAAACAAUGUUUUAAAAUUCAUGUUUUUCAAAUUUGUUAUUGAAUGAAAAAGCUUAUAUAUUAUAGUGCCCCUUCCUACCGAACCUUUUGGUUAUACGGGAAGGGCAACCUGUGCAAACAAGCCUGCGCGGGGACCUUAACAGUCAGGUCAGCCCGUUGACGUGGACUUCAUCCGGUUCUCAAAAGACUAGUGGCUUGGGAUAGCGCAACCCAGUACAUGUACAGCACCCACCUCCCCUAUUGUCUUAAUAGGUGCCGGAGCUGUUGGCUCGCUUUCCUCUCGUUGUGAAUUGCACAACUACCUAGCAGUAAACACCGCUAAGCCGUUGAGUUUAAAGUCAACUACCGAAUUUCCAUUUUGGUAGCUGAGUGUCGGCACGCUCGCCAGUGUCUCUGAAAUUCCUCUACUAGUUCUCCGAACUAAUCCCUAUCCAUCAGCUGAGUAGAUAGGGGUAAGGCUACAGGUACCUACAGUGCCGCCAAGAAAUAAAAAAUGUUUUGUAAUUAAAUAUUUGUUAAUUGAAUCUAAUCAGUCGGUAAAAUCAGUCCCAAGAAUGUGGCCGUGCGGUACUGUGUACUAAAUACAUACAGAUUCUCUGUCUUUGAUAUUCCUAUAACGUGUCUUCUGAAGUUAUUCGUUGUACAAAAAUUGUGUGUUUACUUAAUGUUAUUAAUGGGAAACUAUAAGAAAUUAAUAAGUAGGUAAUAUAUUGUAUAUAACAUCAAUGUCAACGAUACAUCACUACCUCAAAAUCCUCGAAAAAAAAUGCGUUAUCAUGAUAUAUAUUAGAGAUGAAACGGAUAUUCGAUAACUAAUCAAUAUUCUGCCUUUCCGACCAUCCGGCCUAAUUUUAGUGUGUUUGAAACUGACCAAAAUAUUCAGAUUAUAUACGCCAAAUGUUUUGAUUAGAGAGAUGAAGACUAGCGUCUCUCCGUUAAGAGGCAAUUUCGUUUAUUUUCAUAAACGGCUUCAAAAAAUAUUUCGCAAUAAACGCUUUUAGAAGCCAAGAGUGGAUAGGUACUCUCUCGCAAGCUUCGGUAAAUUUGGGUGCCUACUGCUUAACAUUACA